AUGCUGGCCCGGAGGAAGCCGGUGCUGCCGGCGCUUACCAUCAACCCCGGCAUCACCGAAGGCCCGUCUCCCACCAGCGAGGGCGCCUCCGAAGCAAACUGGGCGGACCUCCAGAAGAAACUGGAGGAGCUGGAACUUGAUGAGCAACAGAAGAAACGUCUGGAAGCCUUCCUCACCCAGAAGGCCAAGGUCGGCGAACUCAAGGACGAUGACUUUGAAAGGAUCUCGGAGCUGGGGGCCGGGAAUGGUGGGGUGGUCACCAAGGUGCAGCACAGGCCCUCGGGCCUCAUCAUGGCCAGGAAGCUGAUUCACUUGGAGAUCAAGCCGGCCAUCCGGAACCAGAUCAUCCGGGAGCUGCAGGUCCUACACGGGUGCAACUCCCCGUACAUCGUGGGCUUCUACGGGGCCUUCUACAGUGACGGGGAGAUCAGCAUCUGUAUGGAGCACAUGGACGGAGGCUCACUGGACCAGGUGUUAAAAGAAGCCAAGCGGAUCCCGGAAGAGAUCCUAGGGAAGGUCAGCAUUGCGGUCCUCCGGGGCUUGGCGUACCUCCGAGAAAAACACCAGAUCAUGCAUCGAGAUGUGAAGCCCUCCAACAUUCUGGUCAACUCCCGAGGGGAGAUCAAGUUAUGUGACUUUGGGGUGAGCGGGCAGCUCAUUGACUCCAUGGCCAACUCCUUUGUGGGGACGCGCUCCUACAUGUCGCCGGAGCGCUUGCAAGGUACCCACUACUCGGUGCAGUCAGACAUCUGGAGCAUGGGCUUGUCGCUGGUGGAGCUGUCCAUUGGGAGGUACCCCAUCCCCCCGCCAGAUGCCAAGGAGCUGGAGGCCAUCUUCGGUCGGCCCGUGGUCGACGGGGCUGAAGGAGAGUCCCACAGCGUGUCGCCGCGGCCUCGACCCCCUGGACGCCCCAUCAGUGGUCACGGGAUGGACAACCGGCCUGCCAUGGCCAUCUUUGAACUGCUGGACUACAUUGUGAAUGAGCCUCCUCCCAAGCUGCCCAGCGGUGUCUUCACCCAGGAGUUCCAGGAGUUCGUAAAUAAAUGCCUGAUCAAGAACCCGGCAGAACGUGCUGACCUGAAGAUGUUGAUGAACCAUACCUUCAUCAAACGGUCCGAGGUGGAAGAAGUGGAUUUUGCAGGCUGGUUGUGUAAAACGCUGCGGCUGAACCAGCCCAGCACACCCACGCGUACCGCAGUGUGA